GAAAACGUGGAGGAGUUUGGUCGCUUCUAACUGUCCAUCUGUUUGGAUCCUAAUGAAUGAACGGGGCUAAGCUAAGUGCUAGCCAAGUGGCGCCGCGCGCCAGGGCGAUUGAGUGCACGCAUUGAGACGCAAGAGGUCUGUAUCAACUCGUCUUACUUGACCGAAUAACAUGUUUUAAUAUGAAAAAACGGUGGUGUGUUCCUUUAAGUCUCCAUAAGACUACUUGCAAUUUAAGGAAAUUGUUUCCCAAUUUUAAAAAAAUCCUGACUUUGCAUAUUGAUUUAAAGAAGAGAAGUUGCUGCAUUGUCUUUCAAAACUUUCAAAAAAUAAAUCUAUUUAGUCUUUGGGCACAAAUAAGUUGUAGCCAGUGGUAGAAUGUAUCUAAGUACAUUUACUUCAGUGCAAUUUUAAGGUACUUGAGUAUUUCCAUUUUAUGUAACUUUUUACUUCUACUCCACUAUACUUUGAGGCAAAUAUUAUACUUUUUACUCCACUACAUUAAGAUGACAGCUUUAGUUACUUUUGGGGUCAAGAUUUAACAUAAAGAAUUACUUCUUUUUUCUUUCUUUUUUUAAGUAAACCACAUGACAGUAUAUUAAGUUGUUAAAAUUUGCCCUACCUUUAAGUAAGUUAUGAAUGCAGGACUUUUACUUUCAGUGCAGUAUUUUCACAGUGUGGUAGUCUGCAGUAUGGGACCUAAUUAAUUCAGAAUUGUUGGUGUAUUUCUUUAUAAUCUACCAACUAAUCAAAUUACCUGACUCCCCCCUGCUGUUGAUAGAAGGAAAAACAUAUUCUUGCAUUAAAAAAAAAAAACACAUUUUCCUUUUUUCCCCCCUUGAGACGGAUGCAAAUUAUGCACAUCUCUCUGUAGCUCAAGCAGAACAUACACACCAGCUGGGGUCUCUUCAUUAACAUAUUUCUACGGCAGACAAUAAAUGUUUACAAAGACAUCAAAGGCUGAUUUUAUUUUGUUAAUUAGCUCCACAGAGACACGUCAAAGUGUUGUGUAAUUUCUCAAGGUGACAGUUAGGGCGGGACUUCCCGUGGUUAGCUCGCUACGCAGGAAGUCGUCGUGUUACUUCUCGUCGUCGUCCUCCUCCUCUUCCAGUCUUGUGAGAAACGAGAGAAACUGAAGGGGUGUUAAGUUGCUUUUAGAGCCGGGAAACUAUCGAGAGAAGAGUUUCCCAGCGGCCCCACAGCGUCCUUUUCCCCUCUGGUCGGUAAACUUUGCCUGUUGUCAUCGAAGAAAUGGUCACAAAAAGAAGACAAACGAUCGAAGAGGAUAUUGGAAGUUGAGGAUCUGCCAGAAGCACAACUUUACUCCAAGAUGAUUUCUGUCCGUCAUCAUAUUCCAUCCAUCGUUGCCCUCUUUGACACUGAACUGUGUCCUUAUAACUUCAGUAACUUGAGUGAGCCAACAAAGUGUGACUCCAGAUCUCUGAUUAUGCACUUGUGAUGGUACAAAGGCUGCCCUUCCCAUAUCCCAUUCCUAUUGUCUGUAACAAGGACACAUCCUACUAUUCACACCCUGUCCUCCUGAAACACCUCCCUCCCUCUGAGUUUCUGUGCAAUGCUCCGCAAGAGAGGCUCUCUCAUUCUUUGUGGUACGUUCCUGUUUAUCACCUGGAACGCCAUACUGGUGCUUCUGCUGUGGGGAAGACCCCCGCCCAGCCAGCCAGGCGAGCCUGGCCGAGAGCAUAGUGAAGUGGGGGAAAAGCCCACUAAUGAUAUGGGAGAUGUGCUCCGAAUACCAGACACGUUCGAAGCUGAGCUUGAAAUGCAGAAAAAAAUCCUGCUGCAGAUCAAGAAUCUGCUGUUGGAUCCGUCAAACAGAAACGGACCAAAGGUUGUUGCCCCACGUCAGCCUGUCAUUCCUAUCCUGGUCAUCGCCUGUAACAGGGUCACCGUGAGGCGCUGCUUGGACAAACUCCUGGAGCUGCGUCCUUCAGCAGAGCUUUUCCCAAUCAUAGUGAGUCAGGACUGUGGACACGCCGAAACUGCUGAGGUGAUCCGUUCUUAUGGGACUCAAGUAACUCAUCUGAAACAGCCGGACCUGUCCGAUAUCGCUGUGCAACCUGCACACAAGAAGUUUCAGGGUUACUACAAAAUCUCCAGGCAUUACCGCUGGGCUCUCAACCAAGUGUUCAAGACCCUUUCUCAUUCCUCUGUUGUGAUUGUGGAGGACGACCUGGAGGUGGCGCCAGACUUCUUUGAGUACUUCCAAGCCUUGCUGCCACUCCUGAAAUCUGACCCCAAUCUGUGGUGUGUGUCCGCCUGGAAUGACAAUGGCAGGGAUGGCUACGUGGAUCCUGGUAAGGCUAACCUGCUCUACAGGACAGACUUCUUUCCUGGCCUGGGCUGGAUGCUCCUCAGCGAGGUGUGGGAGGAGCUGGAGCCCAAGUGGCCAGCUUCAUUCUGGGACGACUGGAUGCGUCAGCCAGAGCAGCGCCGCAACCGUGCCUGUAUACGUCCAGAGAUCUCCCGGACUUUGACCUUUGGCCGGAAAGGAGUGAGUCUGGGUCAGUUCUAUGACAAAUACCUGCGUUACAUCAAACUGAAUACCGAAUUUGUGCCUUUCACCAAGUUAGACCUGAGUUACUUGAAGGAGGAGACGUACAGAGAAGAUUUUAAGAAGGACGUUUACAGUGCUCCUGUGGUUACUUAUGAAGAUGUUAAGCAAGGGCAGCUGAAAGGACCUGGGCCCUUCCGCCUUCAAUACUCGAGUAAGGACAGUUUUAAAAUGCUGGCCAAAAACCUGGGAGUCAUGGAUGACUUGAAGUCUGGAGUCCCACGGACAGGAUACAGAGGGGUUGUCAGUUUCAUUUCCAGAGGAAAGAGAAUCUACUUGGCCCCUCCUCCAGGGUGGACCCAGUAUGAUACCACCUGGAGCUAAAAAUCCACCAGAAAGUUUAUGUGCAUUAGCCUUUUUGUAAUCUCUGAUUGUCAGUUGGGGAAAGCAUUCCAGACCAAAGAUGGAUGUCCUUAAAGUUUCUGUUUGAUUGAAUGAUAUGUACUUUAGAUAAUUGUCUUCAAUAAUGCAGAAUGGAUCAUUUCUCUUUCUGGUGUUGGGGUUAUUGCCAAUGCUACUCAGGUCUUUGUCAUUCUUCCAAAACAUUUCUUACAAUGUAGGACACAGCCUAAACAGUUUUGUUAGAAGAGACUGCUGUAAUUCACCAGAGAUCUAUUUUUAUAUUCUGCUAAUUGUGCACAUGACAUUCAUUACUGCAUUCAAUGCAAUUACCUAGUUUUUGCCACUUUUUUUAAAUUAUUUGCAAUUUCUGGUAGCCUAUGUGAACUGUUUGUGUCAACAAAUAUGAAAAUAUAAUCUGUGGUAUGGUUGCUUAUGGUGGUGGUGACUGGUCAUAACUGCAGUAUAAGCCGUCAUUUGAUUGUAAUUUUUAUGUGUUCUAUGAAAAAUCUGUUCUUCCCGCUUACAUUUUAAUGCCAAUUUAUUUUGGUGAAUGAUUCUCCAAUGGACAGUGGUACACCUUGCAGGUUUGCUACCCGUGUUUGAAUAUUUUUUGAAUUAAAAAAAACAACACACUUUU